UGUUAUCUUCCAUUUCCCAAGCUCUAAAACUCCUCGAGCGCGCACAUGAGCAAAAUGUCAUCCGCCAUUUCUGCAGCAGCCGCAAAUGCUGAUCACAAGGCAGGAGGGGAAGGAGCAAAGGAGGUGAGAGUGGAGACCGUGGAUUACAGAAGUUCUGCUGGUCAAGAGGACAAAAAGGUGCAGCCUAUUGAAGUUGUUCACAAGAUGACACAUACUCCCGCUUCCCAGGCCAAGGAUUCCACUGGCUUUAUUCGGUCUCCCUUAUAUUGGGACGUUCUGUCUACUGCUUUUCAAACCUCAUCACAACUAGAUUUUAAGGAGUGUUUGCCGCAUACCCUCGCCCGCAAGGAAAUGCCUUGCCUUUUAUUUUCCGAUCGGAAGGACAAAGGAAACGUCUUGUUGUUUCUUCAAUAAUUUAUGAUCUUUAGUGGACAUCUCGGUAGCAUUCGACUCUGAUGAAUGAAAUUAACGCAAGUGUUUUCUACCUUUAA